AGCGAGGCUUGAAACACAGACGUGCUCAGGAAGGAGGAAGUGGAAGGGGGUAAUAUGUAAAACGCUGACAGCUAUGGAAGGAUCACACGCCAGUCACAGGAGGAGAGGAGGGAGAAACCAGUUCUUUUCACCAGGACCCUGAUGUGCAGUUAUCAAAGCUUUUAUCGUAUGCUUUGCGCCAUGGAGCCAGUGAGCUGGGUUUGCCCAUGGGGUCAGAUGGCUUUGUUCCAGUUUCUUCCCUGCUUCACCUACAACAGUUUAGCUCCUUUUCCCAGAAUGACAUUGAACGUGUAGUCAGGUGUAAUGAUAAGCAGCGAUUUACUAUGAGAACCUCUGAAGCCGAGGGAACACUGGAAAUUUGCGCUAACCAAGGACAUUCAAUACAGGUGGAUGUUAACUUCACUCCAUUAGGAGUAGAACUUCCUCCACAAGCAAUACAUGGGACGUAUCUCCGUCACUGGCCUUCAAUUCUCCGCUCUGGCCUCUCUCGUAUGAACAGGGCACACAUCCACUUUUCGACGCAGCUUCCAGGAGAAGGGGAGGGUGUGAUCAGUGGCAUGCGUAGGGACUGUGAACUCGCAAUAUUUAUAGACCUUCCAAAAGCUAUGGCGGACCAAAUCCCAUUCUUCUGGUCUGUUAACCGAGUCCUCCUCACACCUGGGAAUGCGGACGGUGUCCUCCUACCUAAAUAUUUUCUAAAGGUUCUUCAGCUUAGGCCUCACAGAAGACUGCUUGAACUUGAAUGACUGUCUAAAAACUCCUCAAAUAAAUUAUUUUUAACACCUUGAAAGAAAUUCAGACUCUUCAGCAUUAGAGCCGGCAGCAUUGCACUGUGCCCCUUUACUCUAGAGACGUGUCUUAGCUUGUCACUGUGGAGUGAUCAAGCUGGUAG